AUGAAAUCGUGGUUCUUGAGUCUGUGGUCUAUAGCGACAGCUACCGCCGCGCAAAAAGACGAUUUAGGAUGGUACCCUCCAAGCAACACGUCUAUAAACAACUUAACUGCCGCUUUGCGUGGCGAAGGGGUCUACGGGUUCAUCUUCAACACCUCGGAGACGCCAGAUGCGCAGUAUGGGACGUAUAACUGGUGCAACAUGCCGCAUGUUCGGAAGACAGAGUACGUCAAGCCGGCAAGUGAGUAUAAGCUUAGAUACGUCGAAAUAAUCCAACGACACCACAAGCGAACUCCAUACGCGAGCAAUGCUUUCCCGGUGGAAUCUUACCGUUGGGACUGCGACGACCAAGGACUGUAUUACUACGGGAGCCCCUUCGGGAGCAACACCAAGCAACCCGCUGAAGUUUAUUGGAAGGGCUAUAUAUCACCGACCAACCCCUUUACGCCCUCAGGCUGGAUCGGGACUUGCCAAUUCCCCCAGAUAACUUCUGCGGGGCUCGACGACUCCUGGAUCCACGGUCGAGACCUUUACGAGGUCUACCACGACCUGCUCGGGUUUCUCCCCGGAAAAGACGAGGACUGGAGAGCCAGCGUGACGUAUCGUGUGACCCAAAACGUAAUCACGAGUCAGGUCGCCGGCAUGUUAAUCAACGGGAUGUGGGGAACGGCUAAGGCCGUACCGCUAACUAUCCAGGGGGCCGGAGUCGACAGCCUCGAGCCGCAAUAUAGUUGCGGAGUGGGCAGCAAUCUAUUCAACACGAUCAAGUCCUCCUCUAACGCGGCUUGGGAACACCAUCUAGAAGCCGCUACAGAUUUGUUUAGCAAGUUAGAUAACAUAUCCGGGGUGUCCCCGAGCGACUCCGGCUUCCACGCGAGUUUCGACCACUACUUCGACAACCUCUCCGCGCGACAGUGUCACGCCAAACCGCUGCCGUGCAAGCUAGAAAACGGCGCGAAUUCGUCUAUAUGCGUUGACCAGGCGACGGCUGAUACCGUGUAUCGCAUGGGACAGUGGGAGUAUUCGCAGAUAUACCGCGAUUCCCAUGCUUCGCUUGCCGCGUCUGCUACUACGUACGGUGUCUGGAUUGCGGAACUGAGUAAACACCUACGAGAUGUGAUAGCUGGCGAGGGUGGGCCCAUCUACUUCCACAAUAUCGCGCACGACGGGUCCAUGAGUCGGUUACUAAGUAUCCUACAAAUCGAUGUUAUGGUGUGGCCCGGAAUGGGUAGUGAGGUAGUGUUUGAGUUGUACGAGGGAAAGGAAAACGCGACGACAUCUCGAAACUCAAGGAUAUAUGGCGGUAAGUUUGUCGUAAGGGUUUUAUUUAGUGGUAAGCCGCUCAGAUCCUCGAACCCCAGCCUCGGCCUGCUAGAUAUGGUACCAGCAGAAGCCCUACUGGCUUAUUUCGACGGGCUAGUAGGGACAGAUGCCAGCUUGGUCGUAGGCAAAUGUAAUGGUACAUUGCCUGUCUAG